UGUGCUCGCGCCCCUAGCGCGCCAGUCCCGGGGCUGCAGGGAGCGCAGCGCGCUCGGCCCGGGCCCCGGCCACCGGACGCCCUACCGGACACGACCCUCCCUGGAGCUUGGACAACUGCCCACCUCGGACACUGCACCGGACACUGCCCCCCACAGGGCUGGACACUACAACGGACACUACUUCCCAGCUCCGGACAUUGCUCCCUCCUCCCCCACCCCCGCUUCCCCCCUCCCCCUCCGGGGGCCCAGACUCUGAGCCCCCCGCAGGCUCUAGCUAGCGACCCCUUGCACCCCAGAGCCAGACACUGCCUCCUCCCAGUCCCCCUCUCCCUUUUCCUCCUCCCUCCUCAUCUUUCCCCCCGCUCGGGUCGGAGCCCCGCCAGUUUCUCCGACCCCCUGCAGCUCGGCCCCGGCUGCCCGCACCCCAAUCCCCCGGCUGCUCGCCCGGAUGCCUCUCCCCGGGGGAUUGUGGUGGCUCCUCUGCUGCCGUCGAGGCUUUACUCUUCUGCACCGGGACUACGGGGACGGCGAGCUUAGCGGGGACGGGGACGAAGACGAGGACGAGGAGACCUUUGAGCUACGGACCCCGAGUCCAGCGGGCGGCGGGAGGGGCCCCCUGGAUGUGACGCUGACUCAGCCUGUGAGGAGCGGUCCAGUCUCAGACAGGCUGCAAAGCUGGGAGGAGACACGGAGCCUCAUCCCGGAGAAGGGGCCGUCAGAAGACGACCCAGACGUCGUCGUGAAAGGUUGGCUGUACCGCGAGCCCCGCGGAGGAGGGGCGCGGCCCUGGUUGCCCCCGCGCCGAGCCUGGUUCGUGCUCACCCGGGACUCCUUGGACCAGUUCAGCAGCAGCGGGAAGGGGGCGCGGCGCCUCGGGAGCCUCGUGCUCACCAGCCUGUGCUCGGUGACCGGCCCUGAGCGCAGGCCCAAGGAGACCGGUCUGUGGUCAGUGACCGUGUCUGGCCGGAAGCAUAGCGUCCGGCUCUGCUCGCCCCGCCAGGCUGAGGCAGAGCGCUGGGGGGUGGCGCUGCGCGAAGUGAUAGCCUCCAAGGCGCCGCUGGAGACCCCCACCCAGCUGCUGCUCAGGGACAUUCAGGAGAGUUAUGGGGACCCGGAAGCUGUGGCCCUUAUUUACAGACGGAACCCAAUUCUGAGGCACACUAGUGGGGCCCUGUAUGCCCCACUCCUGCCCCUGCCCUACGGAGUCAGUGCCCCAGGUCCGGGCUACGCUCCCUUGCGCGAGGAGGCGGUGCGGCUGUUCCUGGCGCUGCAGGCCCUGGAGGGGGCGCGGCGCCCCGGGCCCCUGAUGCAGGGUGUGCUCCAGACCUGCCGGGACCUGCCCGCGCUCCGAGAUGAGCUCUUCCUGCAGCUGGCUAAGCAGACCUCGGGCCCCGCAGGCCCCCCCGGGCCUCCAGCUACCCAAGACCCCGCGGCCCUGCGGUACUGGCAGCUCCUCACUUGCAUGAGCUGUACCUUCCGGCCUGGUGGACCUGUACGGGGGCACCUCCUGGGGCACCUGGAGAGGACUGAGCAGGCGCUUCCGGACUCGGAACUGGCGGAAUAUGCGCGCUUCAUACGAAAAGCGCUGGGCCGGACGCGCGGCCGGGAGCUGGUGCCCUCGCUGGCAGAGAUUUCCGCGCUGAGCCGACGGCAGGAGUUGUUGUGCACCGUGCACUGUCCGGGGGCUGGUGCCUGCCCCGUGGCCAUAGACUCCCACACCACGGCGGGAGAGGUUGCUCGAGAGCUGGUGGGGCGGCUGGGCUUGACCCGGAGCCGCAAUGCAUUCGCGCUGUACGAGCAGCGAGGGGCCCAGGAGCGAGCCCUGGCCGGGGGGACUCUCGUGGCCGACGUGCUCACCAGGUUUGAGAACUUGGCGGCGGAGGAAGCCGGGCUGGAGGACCCGCCGGACUCCGGAUGGAGACUGUGUCUGCGUCUUCACGGACCUCUGCACCCUGAGGGACUGUCCCCAGACGGUCACGAACUGCCCUUCCUCUUUGAGCAGGCUCAAGCUCUGCUGCUGCGCGGCCGGCCGGCCCCGCCCGACGACACGCUGCGCGCCCAGGCGGCGCUGCGCCUGCGGAGCCUGCACCGAGACUUCUCCUCGCGGGCGCCUCUGCCGCGCCUGGACCGCUUGCUGCCCACCCCGGCCCCGCCGCGUGAAGACCCUCUCCGCCCGGUGCCCAGGCCUCCCCGCUCCGCCGCCCUGCUGGCCGGGGCAAUCUGGAGUCCGGCCCUGGCCAAGAGGCGGGCGGAGCGGGCCCGGCGCGGCGGGGCCGGCCGCACGGCGGGAAGCGUGGCCCGCGAGGGAGGAGGUGGCGCCGGCACAGCGGCUGCUGUGCUGGGAGGCUGGAAGCGGCUACGGGGCAUGGGCCGAGCUGAGGCCAUGGCUGCCUACCUGGCUCUGGCGGCGCAGUGUCCAGGGUUCGGCGCUGCUCGGUAUGACGUUCUGGAGCUGAGCACGGAGCCUGGUGGGGGCGCUCCACAGAAGCUAUGCCUGGGCCUGGGAGCCAAGGCCAUGUCCCUCUCCCGACCGGGUGAGACACAGCCCGUUCACAGUGUCAGCUAUGGCCGUGUGGCCGCCUGCCAACUAAUGGGCCCCCACACCCUGGCAUUGAGGGUGGGAGAGAGCCAGCUCCUCCUGCAGAGUCCCCAGGUGGAAGAGAUCAUGCAGCUGGUGAAUGCCUACUUGGCCAACCCCUCCCCUGAGAGGCCCAGCAGUAGUCCUCCUCCAUGCCAAGACCUGCCAGACACCUCCCCUCCCAGCCAGCACCCGGGCCUGGACGAGCCCCAGGGACAGUCUGGCUGUUUGGGGCAGCUGCAGGACUGAGCUUGCCAAGAGGUCACGACCUCCCUCUUGCCUCCAUCCUGGACUUGGACUGCUCUGCGAUUUCAGGGAACCAUGGACCCUUUUGGCCCUGCAGGGACAGGGCACACCCCACACCCAAGGGCUGCAAUGGGUGCAGACAAUUUUCUAGUUUGUUUCUUAAUUUAUUUGUAGAAGAGAAGACACACACACAAAAAUUCCUUAUUUACACAAACCCUUGCUGCUGUGGGAGUGUUGUCAGUGGGACAAGUUGGAGCCCCAGGGCUCAGAGCUCCACCUCCGGGGAUGCCCACACUCUGGGCUUUUACCAGCACUGAGGGGAGUCUGAACACCGCAGGGCUCCACCCUCCGUGACCUUCUGGACUUAACCUCCUCCUGGCCCGUAUGCUGCCCUAGGGUGGUGGUGGGGGGGCAGGCAAGAGGACAGUUUUGGAAGCUGGCAAUCACCCUUCUUCCACCGAGUGGCAUAGGGGUGGCCUCUUGGCAUCCCUGAGGCCCGAGGACAGUGAGUCAUCAGGACUGGCACUACCCAGUCCUACCCUGGUGUCCAGCUUCUGGGUCUUGGUUGGGUCCAUCUUUAAUGUUCCCACUGCUUUGGGACUGGAACAGAAGAAGCUUGGGGCAGGAUCAGACCCAAGAACUUCUCUGGCACAGAUAAAGAAUUUAUCAGGAUGGGCUCAGCCCUACUUUUAUCAGAUUGGGCUGAAUUAGAUCGACUCCUGAGGACCUAAUCACCUUGUGCCUGGGAAUACAGUCUUGGCUUUCCUGACCCGCUCA